AUGACAGGAGAAGUACAUAAUUUAUACACAAUAAUCACAAAUCAAUACGCAAAUGAAACUCAAACGUUAGGACAAAUAGUAACAGCCGCUAGAGAAGGAAUAAUACACCCAAGUCUUAUGACACCGCAAGAAUUAGCAUCAACUUUAAAAUCAAUAGAACUAACAAUUAAGAAACAAUAUAGCAUUCCUAUGGGAACAAAAGCUUCAGAAUUAAAUAAAUUUCAAAAAAUUACUAAAAUGAGUAUUUACUAUGAAAACGAUAAUUUAGUAUUCAUUACAAAAAUACCGUUAGUUAUUGACAUUGAACUUACAUUAUACCAUUUAAUACCUAUACCAAUAAUCCAUGUUCAAAAUAAUACUGAAGGGUGGUAUCUUCUAACAGUUACUUAUAACAAUAUUGCAAUAACUAAAGAUAGAAAACGAUUUACUACGUAUACAGAAAAACAAUUGGACGAUUGUACAGAGACUACUAUAUAUAGAAUAUGUAGAACACCACAACCAAUUCAAGAAAACAGCGAACGCCAACCCUGCGAAUUACAACUAUUCAAAGGACCUGAUACUACUUCUAAUCAACGGAACUGUGCAAUCGAAAAAUUUAAUCUACAAAGAAACAUAUACCAUAAAUUGCGAAACAAAAACACCUGGUUACAUGUGGGAAGUGAAGCACUGACCGUAAGUUGUACAGAUAUGGUCGAGCCAUUUACGCUAGAUACAAAUAAAAUUGGAGAAAUAACUAUCGUGAACAAUAAUUGUCAAGUAUUUACACAAGAUGCAGUACUAACCGCCACAGAAGAGAUUACCAACACGAAUUAUAAGGAUUUCAUACCUACAACUAACAUAAAAAAACAUUUUAGAGAAGAUACCUGA